AGAAGGCAAAAACACACACACAUCUGUCAAACAGAGAAGCAACUAAAAAACAAGAGGUGCAGUGAAAAAGCGCUCAUUGCAAGCGGCUAGCGGUUAAAUUGGAAGAAUUGUGCCGGAAAUACGCGAUACAUCUCAGACACGAUAGUAAAUUUCCAGUAAGCUUUACCGUUUCGACGUAGGGUAAGAGCACACAGCGGCAUAAAGAUGGUUGAUUACAGCAAAUGGAAAGAUAUUGAGAUCUCGGAUGAUGAGGACGACACGCAUCCCAACAUUGACACACCGUCGCUCUUCCGCUGGCGGCAUCAGGCCCGCGUCGAGCGGAUGCAGGAGCAGGAGAAAAAGAAGGAAACGGUAGAGAAGAAGAAGCAAACGACGGCGGAAAAGCUGAAGGAGGCGAAGGAUAAGCUGCAGCGACAGGAGGGCAAUCUAGACGAGCUGAAGAAAAUCAUCGACGAGCUGGAGAAGGAGCAGGAGCGCGUGCGGCAGGAGGAGGAAGAGCUGCGCAAGAAGGAAAAGUCGCAACCGUGGAACGUGGACACGAUCAGCAAGCCGGGCUUCGCCAAGACGGUCAUCAACAAGAGUGCAAUCAAUCGCCGGGAGGAGGAGCUGACCGAGGAGCAGAAGGAGAUGAAUCUGCGCGAUUUUAUCAAAAAGUACGAGAAGCAGAUGAAGGAGUUCGGCAUGCUGCGGAAGUACGACGAUUCGAAGAAGUACCUGCAGGACAAGCACCACCUCGUGUGCGAGGACAUGCCCAACUAUCUGGUCAUCUGGUGCAUCGAGCUGGAGAUGCAGGAGAAGCACGAGCUGAUGGCGCACGUGGCCCACCAGUGCAUCUGCAUGCAGUACAUCCUGGACAUUGCGAAGCAGCUCGAGGUGGACCCGCGGGCCUGCGUCGCGUCCUUCUUCCAGCGCAUCCAGGAGGCGGAGAACGAGUACAAGAACCAGUUCCUCAGCGAGAUCGAAGCGUUCAAGGAGCGCAUCCGCAAGCGGGCCCAGGAGAAGCUGCAGAAGCUGAUCGAGGAGCAGGAGGAGGAGGAGCGCAAGGCCCGGCUCGGUCCGGGCGGGCUGGAUCCGGUCGAGGUGUUCGAAUCGCUGCCCGAGGAGCUGCAGAAGUGCUUCGAGACGCGCGAUAUCGGCAUGCUGCAGGAAGCGAUGGCCAAACUACCUCCGGAAGAAGCCCGCGUACAUCUGCAGCGCUGCAUCGAUUCGGGCUUGUGGGUGCCGGAUGCAAAGAGUGCCGCUGCGGCGACAUCCGGCAGUGGGGUCGCAGCUGAGGGUGGAGAUGAUGCAGAGGAGCCGGUGUACGUGGAGGCAAAGCCCAAGAGUGAAGAUGCGCAAGCGGAAGGUGAUAGUAAGGAGAAGGAGGUGACGAAGUAGGCGCUGUGAGUCAUUAUCUGCGGUAAGAACGCUCGGUCACAGCGCGCCAUGUAGCAUAUACGUUUACAGACAAAACAUCCUUUCCCAACGCUUCUCUGCAAAGUUCACGGCAGCAGCAGCGGUACGCAAGGCCAACUACGCAAGUGCGGGCAGGUUUAGACAGGGCUGGAGAACAGGUGCGGUGUAGAGUUUGCGAAAAAUCAGUUACAAUGUAGAAUGUGUUCAAUGCUGCAAACCUCAUAGAAUGGCCUGGCUUGGCAUGUAUUCGACACACAUACAGAGAAAGACUCAUUGCGUAGAAAUAAUGUAUUUUAUCCAUCCGUCGUCAUCCAUACUCCAGAACUACCUAGUUGAAGAUAUUUUUUUUUUCGUAAGAAAACAUGCUUUUUCGUCUA